GAGAGAGAGAGAGACAUAGAGAGAGAGGGGGGGAGAGAGAGCGAGAGAGGGAGAGUGACUGUGACUCUCUGACUCAUUCAGUCUGAUCUCAGAUCUGGUUCAGUUGCUUUUCUGCUUCUUCUUCUUCUUCUCUCUGAACUCGUCCUCUUCGUCUUCUUCAUCAUCUCCUUCUUCCUUCUUCUCUUCUUUGUUUCUUCUCCUCUUCAUCCCACCUUCAUCCUCCGGCUGCUGACGUCAGUGGAACAUCUCAAUCUCCUCUGAUAUUCAGGUUAAUCUAAUUAUGAAGAUUCCCUCUGAUACGCUUCAUCGUCAGUGACGAUCAAGAUGGAGACACCUUUCUACCACGACGACUCUCCCGCUGUCUCCGGCUACAGCCACAUCGCUGAGUACGAGCGUUACCCAGGAAACAAGAUGCUGAUGAGUAAGAAGUCCAUGUCAGUGGCGGGCAGUCAUCACUUCCCCGGCAGUGGCGCCACAGGAGGGAGGGGGGGAACCAGCAACCUGGGGCUCGGCGGGAACAGCUCCCUGAUGUCGGCGGUGGCCUCGGCAGCAUCUCCGGGGGACAUGAACCUGCUGAAGCUGGCGUCGCCCGACCUGGAGCACCUGAUCAUUCAGACCAAUCAGGGACUGGUCACAACCAGCCCCGCGUCCAACUCCACCAACCCCUUCAUCUACCGCAACCAGGCUACCAACGAACAAGAAGGAUUCGCCGACGGCUUCGUCAAAGCGCUGGCCGACCUUCACAAGCAGAACCAGCUGGUCGGAGGCGGCCCAAUGUCCCCGUCCUCGUCCUGCUCCGUCUCCCUGCAGGGGGCCUACCAGAGGAACCUGAUGUCCGCCGCUGACCUGCCCGUUUACACUAACCUCAGCAGCUACAAUCAUGGCCAGAUGCCUUAUUCUGGAGGGCAGAUAGCGUACGUUGGCGGCUCAGGACACGGUGGACCACCUCAGCCUCACACCCGAGGCAUGGACGCCCCUCAGACUGUCCCUGAGGUGCCUCACCCAUCAGGUGACCCCAUGUCCCCUCCCUCCCUCUCCCCGAUCGACCUAGAGACGCAGGAGCGAAUCAAAGCUGAACGCAAGAAGCUCCGCAACCGCAUCGCCGCGUCUAAGUGCCGCAAGCGGAAGCUGGAGCGGAUAUCGCGGCUGGAGGAGAAGGUGAAGGUCCUGAAGACCCAGAACUCAGACCUGGCCUCCACCGCCUCCAUGUUGAGGGAGCAGGUCGCUCAGCUCAAACAGAAGGUCAUGAGUCACAUCACCAACGGCUGCCAGAUCACUGUCAGCUCCGCUACCGCCACCAGGUCUGGAGGAGGAGGAGGAGGGACGGGCAGCGAGGACUCCAGCUGCUGAGGAAGAUGGACACAAGGAGAAUGAGGUUUCACUCGUGCUCUUGGUCAGAGCGAGCAGAAAGCGAGCAGCUCGGCGUCACCGGACACGAGGACGUUUGAGGGAUUUACGCUGCCUGAGAGUCCCGCUAAAACCACUGUCAAUCAUGGAGCCAGAGGAGGCGGGGCUUGGACAAGGGAGGAGACAGGAGGCGGAACAAACGCCCGACACGAGAAGAUGGACUUUACUAAGAAAAGACGGAAAAAAAGACAGAUGGAAACAGAUUGAAUUUAAAGUGACUGUUAAACAGCAAACUGUGUGUGUGUGUGAGAGAGUGUGUAAGUGUGUGUGUGUGUGUGAGAGAGUGUGUAAGUGUGUGUGUGAGAGAGAGUGUAUGUGUGUGUGUGAGAAUGUGUGUGUGUGUGUGUGUCAUUGAAUCAGUGAAUUCUCAUGAAACAUAAUCAAUAGAAGUGAAGUGAUGUCAUCAGUGAAGUAAUCAGAUUACAUUAGUCAGAUUUUUUUAACGCCUCACUUCCAACGGCCCAGACUUAGUUUGUGUUUUGUAAUCUGAUUACUUUCUUUUCACAGGUAAAUAAACAACUGACACAUUUGUCUCUUUUUAUUUUGACUUUUCCACGAGUGACGUGAGGAGAAACUUUCUGCAGAUGAGAAGCAGUCAUGUGAUCAUUGUGUGGAUCUGCUGCCCCCUGAUUGGCUGAUCAGUGCCGCACGCUGACUUCACUCUGCUCAGUUUGAGCCGACUGAAGGAUUCCGAGCGUGAAGCAUGAACUUUACGUGUCCGUCACGUUUUCUGUUUGACACCAGAUUUUCAGUGUCAAAGCAAAUAUUUCUGAUUUUUUACUUGACGUUCAUGACGUCUCUAUUUUUGUACAAAUGUAUAAAAGUUGUCGUUGUGAAUAAGAUCAAAUGUGUGUGAACGAUCUGAUUCGAUUAAACUCUUUGUGUCUAUUUAUCAUGAAAGUCUUUUGUUAAUUUCCGUCACACUGUGUUAAAUGUUUGUGGUAAUAAUACAAGUGAUGAAACCUG